AUGGAGACGGACGAACGAACGCGUCGUUUCCACGUUCCGCGGCUAAGUCUGUCGCUCGCGGUCGUGUUUCUUCUGUCGCUAGUCGCCCUGCAGCAGCAGACCGCAACUGCUCAAGCCGUCAACGGAUCCGACUGGAAGACGCUGCUGCGCAUUCGCAAUGAGCUCAACUUCACCAACCCCGCCCGCAGCCCCAAGACCUACUGGAAGAGCGCCAAGAGCUGCGACGAGCUCUUUGGGGUUAUCUGCGAUGACUACGGAUACGUUGUUGCGCUCACGCUGUAUGGGGUCAACGGCUCGCUCCCCAACGCUAUUGCUGAACUGCCAUCCCUCGCCUUCCUGUCAGCUCCCUCUUGCUGCCCCUUCUCUCUAGCAGUAGUUUCACUUCUGUCUCUUCUCACCCUUUCUCUUUCCUCCCUCUCCUUCCACUGA